AACUUCCUCUUGUCUCGAGCUCAAAUGAAUCAUGGAGGCUCACGUACUUCUUUUCAUGGGUUUCCUGCUGAGAAUCUGUCAGUCACAAGGAUCUGAAGAUAAAUUUGUGAAACUUGGAGAAGACUUACUUCUGGAUUUGAACACAUCUGUUAAACUCAGCGAAAGCUUUGAUUUCUUGUGGAAAUUUAAAAACCAUCAACUCGAGAAAGAAGUUAAAGUAGCAAAGGUUACUCAUGAUAAUAAACCAUCUUUAUUUGGCAAGUUUAAGGAAAAUUCAGAGAUUUUCCAGAACUACUCACUGCUGUUGAGGAAAGUGAAACACAAUAACACUGGAACCUACACUGGACUUGUGAGUGGAGAAGAGGACGACGCUGUUGCUGUUUACAACAUUAUAGUCCAAGAUGAAGUGCCCAACAUCACCCUGACGGUGAACGGCACCUCCGACCCCGACUGUAACCUCGCUGUGACCUGCAGUACAGCGGACUCUCACAUUCGCAGCACUUUCAUAUGUGACAUGCAAAACUGCUCCGUCGUGGACGAACUGCAGCCAGGAGACAACAACAUUCCCUCCAUGAAAGUCUACCGGCUGCAACAUUUCAUCGUUUGUAAUUAUAGCAAUCAAGUGAGCUCCAAACAGCACAAGCUGGACACCACAUCCUACUGUGGAACAAAGGAUUCAAAUGGAUCGAUCACAUUUGUGAUCAUUGGUGUCAUCUGUGCUGCCAUCUGCAUCUUGACAGGGGCUGUGACUGUUGCCCUCAUUUGUAGAAAAUGUCGAAGAGCAGCAGGUGUAACAGAAUAUACAUUUCCUGAAGGUGUCAAUCCUGGACAAAACUCUGGAGAUGGAGCUUCAGGUUGCUCUCCAACAUCCACCUACGCCACGGUGCAGUUUCCUCUGGCGCCGACCACGACCGACACACCCAGAAACAAGUGCCAGCCAGAGACACUUUACGCUGAGGUUAACAGAGCACAGAAGAACAAAUCUGAAGCGAAUGAAGCGACUGCUUGAACUGAGAAGGACGGUCACAGCAGGACACUGACAUCUUCAACUCAAGACUGAACACUGAACACUUUAGGCUCUAAUUUGACGGCGCAACUUGGCGAUGAUCACCGGCGGAGGCAGCGCAUUCCUAUUUUCGACAGGCACAGAAGAGGGUUUCUGACCGGUCUGCUGCACU